AGAAGCGUCACAUGCUGAUGGCUCAACGGUACGAAGACCUUGCCCUCUAUGGUGGCGGUAUGGAUGGAGUUGGGGUUCCGACGUCCAUGUACGGGGACCCGCACGGGCCUCGGCCCCUGCCGCAGGUUCACCAUUUGAACCACGGGCCACCGCCACAUGUCAACCAGCACUACGGGGCCCACGCACCGCACGGCAUCAUGCCCAGCAGCAUGGGCUCGGCUGUCAACGACGGACUUAAGAGAGACAAGGACCAAAUUUAUGGGCACCCGUUAUUUCCGCUGCUGGCGCUGGUGUUUGAGAAGUGCGAGCUGGCCACAUGCACACCGAGAGAGCCCGGAGUCGCUGGAGGAGAUGUGUGCUCAUCCGAUUCAUUUAACGAGGACAUCGCUGUGUUUGCCAAACAAAUUCGGGCAGAGAAGCCGUUAUUUUCUUCUAAUCCAGAGUUGGACAAUUUGAUGAUUCAGUCAAUACAAGUAUUACGAUUCCAUCUUUUAGAACUCGAAAAGGUGCACGAGCUUUGCGACAACUUCUGCAAUCGGUAUAUUAGCUGUUUGAAGGGCAAAAUGCCCAUUGACCUAGUGAUUGAUGAACGGGAUGGAUGCAAGUCCGACUUCGACGACCUCUCAGGAUCCUCGACAAAUCUCGCAGAUCACAAUCCAGCAUCCUGGAGAGACACGGACGACGCUCACUCUACUCCCUCAGUCGGCACCCCAGGACCCUCCAGCGGGGGACAUGCCUCUCAGAGCGGAGACAACAGCAGCGAACUAGGAGAUGGCUUGGAUAACAGCUUGGCAUCUCCGGGAACAGGGGACGAGGACGACCAAGACAAGAAACGGCAGAAGAAGAGAGGAAUCUUCCCCAAAGUGGCGACCAACAUCAUGCGGGCAUGGCUCUUCCAGCAUCUCACGCACCCCUACCCAUCCGAAGAGCAGAAGAAGCAGCUAGCGCAGGACACAGGCCUCACCAUCUUACAAGUGAAUAACUGGUUUAUCAAUGCUCGAAGAAGAAUCGUGCAGCCCAUGAUUGAUCAGUCUAACAGAGCGGUAAGUCAAGGAGGCGCUUACAGUCCCGAUGGUCAGCCUAUGGGAGGCUUUGUGCUAGACGGCCAACAACACAUGGGUCUCCGGCCUGGCGGUCCCAUGGGAGGAAUGGGUAUGAACGUGGGUAUGGAUGGACAGUGGCACUACAUGUAAACGCCGCUUCCCAAACCAUAAACGUUUUGAUGGUGGCCUCAGGAAUAGUCCCGGCACUGGCCAGAGGCAUGAGGAGUCACGUCACAUUCAUCCUCACCUGAUCACGCGCCUGUCCGGUCACCUCCUGUCUUCACGAGACCUCCCAAAUCUCUCGCGGACCCCUCAUCAUCUGGCCAUCAUAUCUCCAGCCAAAGGACUGUCUGCAGGAGCACCAACAUUACAAAAACAGACUUGAAGCAUUUGUGCCAAAAGAGAGACUUCUGAAAAGACAAUUGGAGAUCUUUUCUUUUUAAAUUAUUUAUUUAUUCUUGUUAUACUGUCAAGAAGCAGGGGGACCACACCAUUUGUGCACUUUUGCUCAACCAUAGAGUGGCCGCCCCAGACGCAAAUAUUCCAUACCUCCUCACGCACAAGUGCACACCCUCAUAUUAAAUGCAUUUAACUGUGGAAUCAAGUAAAAGAUGCUAAAAGCCCUCAAGAACUGAAAUGUGAGUGUAUGAUGUUUUUUUUUUGUUUGUUUGUUUUUUGUUUUUUGGGGGAAAUGUUCUAUGUUUGGGUUUGUGUCAUUGACUAGUUUUUAGACCUUUGCAUUUAUGAUUCUACAAAGUUUGAAGGAAAUGGAACCACUUGAUGGGAUCAUUAUGGCACCCAUCUGACACAAAUUCCAGUAUGUGAAACCGCAAAGUCUUCCCCACAUGAGAUGUUUUGAAAAGCAUCGCUGAGGAAAUGAGUUGUGCGUUUAUUUGUCGAAUUGGAGAGCAACAGUGCUCGUGUAAGGCUAAAUAUGCCCGGAGGAGUUUUUAAAUCACUAGAGAUAUCCCAUUGUACAUAAUUAUGUAAAUGUUAUUUGUAAAACACAUCAAUGUCAAAUAGGCAUUCAGUCGAGAUCCUUUAAAAAUGGAGUUGGGAUAUUGUUGUACAUUUUGGUCCGUUCUCACUCUUGCUUUUCUCGAUGGAAAAAGUCGAUCAUAUGUUUGUCGAGGUACUGAUAAGUUCGAUCGAUCUUCCCGCUCGGUCCAUGUUUCCUUUCAGGAGUCUUUUAAAGCAU